AUCUGCACCCAAAGAUGCCGUCACCUUCCACGUGCAAGGGACGCCGGGCGUGAAGCUCUACGUGGUGCACGAGACGCAGAGCGUCAAGUUGCCCUCCAGCGUGUGCCGCUGGCCCCUGGCCGCCGGCGCCGAGGUGCUGUUGGCCAUGGAUGCUCUCAGCAAGGACGUGGGUGAUGAAAAGGUCAGGAUUUCUUAUUUCGGGGAGGCCGGCGGGGGACCUGUGGGCAGAGCCAUGCUGUACCUCACCUGCGUGGAGGUCUCGCUGGAUGCUGACACCAGCCGCAGCGGAGCGGUGAGCAGGACGCUGCUGGACAAGGCAACAUGGACGUGGGGUCCUGAUGGACACGGAGCCAUCCUGCUGGUGAACUGCGACCGCGACGACCCUGAAGCCAAAACGCUGGAUAACGACGACACCACCAUCCGUUCCUACGCUGACCUGAAGGACAUGUCACAGAUGGUGCUGAGGACCCGAGGUCCCCGCACCAUCUUCACCGGCCACCGCCUCCUCCUCCACGUGGACUUUGGCGACGCAGAUAAAGUCGGCGUUUUCUACGGUGGCAACAGCGUUGCGCUGGAGGAGUACAAGCACGUGCUGGGGGGCUCGAAGCUCGUCUACGCCGUCAAACCCAGCCGGCAUCAAGAGGAGAGCGUCUUCUACGUGGAAGGACUCGCCUUCCCCGAUGCCGGCUUUUCGGGGCUGGUGGCUUUCCAUGUCACGCUGCUGGAGAGCCCUGAGAAGGGUUUACUGGAGACACCGAUUUUCACCGACACGGUGGUUUUCCGCGUGGCUCCGUGGAUCAUGACUCCCAACACUUUGGCACCGCUGGAGGUCUUUGUCUGCAGUGUGGACGAUAACGAGGAUUUCGUGGCUGCCGUGGGCGCGUUGGCUGAGAAAGCCAAGUGCCCGCUCACCGUCUGCCCGCUGCCGGAGAACCGCCUGGACCGCUGGAUCCAGGACGAGGUUGAAUUCGGCUAUGUGCAAGCCCCCCACAAGACCUUCCCUGUUGUCUUCGACUCGCCCCGCGACCGGGGGCUCAAGGAUUUCCCCGUCAAGAGCAUCCUGGGCCCUGAUUUCGGUUACGUGGCCCGGCAAGCGCCGGAGGGUGCUUCCAGCCUCGAUUCCUUUGGGAAUUUGGAGGUGAGCCCCCCCGUGACAGUGCAGGGCAAAGAGUAUCCCUUGGGCCGCAUCCUGAUCGGCAGCAGCUUCCCCAGAUUUGGCGGCCGACGGAUGGCAAAAGCUGUCAAGGAUUUUCUCGUUGCCCAACAAGUGCAGGCGCCUGUGGAGCUGUUUUCGGACUGGCUCCACGUCGGCCACGUAGAUGAAUUUCUCAGCUUCGUCCCCGCGCCCGAUCGGAAGGGUUUUCGGUUGCUCCUGGCCAGCCCCAGCGCCUGCUACCAGCUCCUCAAGGAGAAGCAGGAGGAGGGGUUCGGCGAGGCGGCGAUGUUCCAGGGUCUGGAGAAGGUGCCCAAGCCGACGAUAAACGAGAUUCUGGCGAACGAAACCCUGCGGAAAUUCAAUAAUUACGUCCAGAGCUGCAUCAGCUGGAACAGGGACAUCCUGAAGCGGGCGCUGGGACUGACGGAGCCGGACAUCCUCGACAUCCCGCAGCUCUUCCGUGGCGACGUGGCCACUGGUGCCGAAGCCUUCUUCCCCGACAUGGUGAACAUGCUGGUGCUGGGCAGACACUUGGGCAUACAACCGCGGGUGGGUGGGCAGUGCUGCCUGGAGCAGCGGGUGCGGGCGCUGCUGGAGCCCCUGGGCCUCACCUGCACCUUCAUCGACGACUAUUUCUCCUACCACAUCCUCUCCGGCGAGGUCCACUGUGGCACCAACGUCCGCCGGAAGCCCUUCGCCUUCAAAUGGUGGCACAUGGUGCCUUGA